CCCCUUCCCCGGCAGAGCCACCCCGGCGACCCCCCCCAAGCAGUGUUGAAGCUCUUGCCUAGGCUCACGGCUGACGCUCUUGCCGAGGCUCUUGCGUAGUUCACACGCCGGGUCGGCGGACUUUUUCUCUGCUGCGUUUUCGUGGUGCAGCUGGGGAUCCUGAACCUUGUGCUCGCCGUCAUCGUGCGAGAGGCUGUCGAAUCGAUGGAGGUCGAUCGAAAGCAGAGGGCCAGAAAGGCCAUGGACGAGAAGGUGAAUACGGCGCAGUCGCUCCGCCGCUUGAUGAGCCAGAUCGACAGCGAUCACGACGGCCACAUCACGUGGGACGAGCUGACGUAUGCGCACACUAACAGUGAAGAGUUUCGGGAUCUGCUGAUCGCCUUGGACAUCGAGGUAGAGGACCUCUGCGAGAUGUUCAGCGCCAUGGACUCCGACGGGUCUGGGACCCUCGGCCACAGCGAGUUCUGCGACUUCGUGUGGAAGGCCCUCUCCGCAGACGUGAGGCUGGAGCUGCUGAGCGUGAGAGUGGGCCCCCUGGCCUGGCUGCAGAAGCACCAGCGGCAGCUCGCGACGCGGCAGGAGGAGAUGCAGCGCUGCCUGGGGGAGAUCCGGGCCCAGCUCGGGGUGGAGCCGGGCGACCCGGCGACGCCCGGCGCAGGCCAGAGGGCCGGCGGCGGCACGGCCGCGCGGCGCCCGGAGCCGCCCGGCCUGGAGUGGGCGGCCGCCGACCGCCAGGCCCCUCCGGAGCAGCUGCGGCGGGCGCUGGCCGAGCAGCUGCGCGAGGCCCAGGCCGAGCAGCUGCGCGAGCUCCGGGGCGUCGUGGAGGGGGCCCUCGCGGAGUCCCGGCAGCGGCUGCUGGAGGCGCUCGGCCGGUGCCCCGCGGGGAGCGCCGCGCCGGGCGCGGCCGGGUGCG